CAUGGGGCGGGGCCACGGCCGAGGGCGGGGCCGGGCGGCAGCAUGCUAAGCCGGGUGCGCUCCGCCGUGGCGCACCUGGUGAGCUCGGGGGGCGCCCCGCCCCCGGGCCCCAAGUCUCCGGACCAGCCCGAAGCGACCUCGCUGCUGCCCGCCGCCCCUGCAGAAGCGCCCAGGAGCCCCCCGGCGAAGGCGGGGAGCGGGAGCGCGGCGCCCCCAAAGACAGCGGAGGCUCGAGCGAGCUUCUCCCGACCGACCUUUCUGCAGCUGAGCCCGGGGGGGCUGCGUCGCGCCGACGACCACGCGGGCCGGGCUGUGCAAAGUCCCCCGGACACCGGCCGUCGCCUGCCCUGGAGCACGGGCUACGCCGAGGUCAUCAACGCUGGCAAGAGCCGGCACAAUGAGGACCAGGCUUGCUGUGAGGUGGUGUAUGUGGAAGGUCGGAGGAGUGUGUCAGGGGCACCUAGGGAGCCUAGCGCAAGCCAGCAGGGACUCUGCUUCUACUACUGGGGUCUGUUUGAUGGGCAUGCAGGGGGCGGAGCUGCUGAAAUGGCCUCCAGGCUCCUGCAUCGCCACAUUCGGGAGCAGCUAAAGGACCUCGUGGAGAUACUCCAGGACCCCUCUCCACCUCCCCUCUGCCUCUCAUCCACCCCGGGGACCCCGGGUUCCUCGGAUCCCUCUCACUUGGUGGGUCCUCAGUCCUGCUGGCCUUCACAGAAGGAAGUGACCCACGAGAGCCUGGUAGUGGGGGCCAUUGAGAAUGCCUUCCAGCUCAUGGAUGAGCAGUUGGCCCAGGAGCGGCAUGGCCACCAAGUGGAGGGGGGCUGCUGUGCUCUGGUUGUGGUCUACUUGCUGGGCAAGGUGUACGUGGCCAAUGCAGGUGACAGCAGAGCCAUCAUUGUCCGGAACGGUGAAAUCAUUCCAAUGUCUCGGGAAUUCACCCCGGAAACGGAGCGCCAGCGUCUUCAGCUGCUGGGCUUCCUGAAGCCAGAGCUGCUGGGUGGUGAAUUCACCCACCUCGAGUUCCCCCGCAGAGUUCAGUCCAAGGAGCUGGGCCAGAGGAUGCUGUACCGGGACCAGAACAUGACCGGCUGGGCCUACAAAAAGAUCGAGCUGGAGGAUCUCAGGUUUCCUCUGGUCUGUGGGGAGGGCAAAAAGGCUCGAGUGAUGGCCACCAUUGGGGUGACCCGGGGCUUAGGCGACCACAACCUCAAGGUCUGCAGUUCCAGCCUGCCCAUCAAGCCCUUCCUCUCCUGCUUCCCAGAGGUACGAGUGUAUGACCUGACACAGUAUGAGCACUGCCCCGACGACGUGCUCGUGCUGGGGACGGAUGGUCUGUGGGAUGUCACCAGUGACUGUGAGGUAGCUGCCACUGUGGACAGGGUGCUGUCGACCUAUGAACCCAAUGACCCCAGCAGGUACACAGCUCUGGCCCAAGCUCUGGUCCUAGGGGCCCGGGGCACCCCCCGGGACCGUGGCUGGCGUCUCCCCAACAACAAGCUGGGUUCCGGGGAUGACAUCUCUGUCUUCAUCAUCCCCCUGGGGGGGCCAGGCAGUUACUCCUGAGGGGUUCAGCCCCUGACCCUCCCACCACCAUCCCAGCCUCUCCAUGCUUAAUCCUCUCCCAACCCAAAUUCUGAAUUUGUCCCUCCCCCUGACCUUCUUUAGUGGCAAUUUAACUGAAGAAGGGGUGUCCAUUAGAUCCAAAAUUACAGUUACUGGCAAAUAAACCAGAUGGAUAAA